GGAGAAAGUUAUAAAGUUUUACGAGACAGAAUUGCGCAGCGACUACUGCAAGGAGCUUUUACAGAUGGCUAAGACAACAGAAAACACAGAUGCCCAAGACUUUAUACUUGCAUCGCUACUCAAUGGCGUUUUACCGUGCUCAGCGAGAUUCCCAAACAAUUCCGGAAAAUGCAGCAAGAAGGCUACAAUUGCAGAUGCGCAAGAAAGUUUCGCGGUACGUUUAUUAUGCAUAAACGAUUACGAAAACAAAAUUAGUGAACUAGUGGCAAAAUACUACUCCUGUGGCUUAACUAUACAACCUUUUUUGCUAGUAGAAGGGCAUUCAGAUGAAGAGUUGAAAGGGUUUUAUAUAUACUUCGACAAAACAUUGUUUAAAUUUCCAUCCUUUAUUGAAGGCUUAGAUACUUGUUUUAAAAUAUUUCCUGCUCUUAACUUAUAUUAUCCACAAGCAUCUGCUUUGACCUGGAAUUUCAUCCAGCAAUAUUUCUAUAACAUCCACACCGCUUUUGAUCUUAAAUCACCAAAUUUAGUGUCACUUAUGAAUUACAUGAAUAAUAUAUAAUUGACCAUGUAUGAAUGUUUUAAAUGCCACACCCAAUUCCAGGAGCCUACAUAUUUGAUUCGUCAUUUGAAGAUAGAUCAUUUGAUGUCUUCAAAACUUAUCAAACUCCAAUGCAAACAAGGGAAUUGCAAACAAAUUUUUACCAAUUUUACAACUUUUCGAAUUCAUUUAGAAAGGCAACACAAAGAAUCAAAGGGAACAAAUGCAUCAUUUGUAGCUUCAGAUUUUAGUUUGUUAAAUUGCACUUCGACAUCAGAUCAAACCUACGAUUUCAAUCUCCCAGUUUCA